GGGGCUUCCUGUGUGCCGGAGAAGAGAAGAGGCGGGCUGCGACGUGACCCGGAAGCGGAAAUGCUGCUGUUCUGCCCGGCUUGCGGGAACGUGCUGGUGGCCGAAGAAGGCGCGAGAUGCCACCGCUUCGCCUGCACCACGUGUCCCUACGUGCGCAACGUCACGCGCAAGGUGAGCAGCCGGAAGUACCCGAAGCUGAAGGAGGUGGAUGACGUGCUGGGUGGCGCUGCGGCGUGGGAGAACGUGGAUUCCACGGCAGAGCCGUGUCCCAAGUGUGAGCAUCCUCGUGCCUACUUCAUGCAGAUUCAGACCAGAUCAGCUGAUGAGCCCAUGACCACCUUCUAUAAGUGUUGUAAUGCCCAGUGCGGCCACAGGUGGAGGGACUAAUUUUUGCUUCAGAUUUAAUUUCUUCAGUAUCGUUUUUGCUGUUUGUUUGAAAAUUCCCCAGCUUGGUUGUAUGAAAGAUGGUAACAUGGAAAUAAGUGUCCCUGGUUCCAGCUGUUGCAUGAUGUUAAAUUAACACUGGCUGCUGCUAGUGCAGGCAUUCACCAUAAUCUGAUGGUCCAGGGGCUGAAGGUUAUGCAUAUACUGCACAUUUUCCUGAUAGCAAACAUUGUUAGAACAAAGAACUGCCUCUGUUUAGAGAUUAUAUGCAAAAAUGUAUUUAUUCAGCAGUUCCCACUGCAACGCUGCUCUUUUAUAGGGAUGCAUUAAGUUAUCGUUUAUUACUAACCAUAGCUGUGAUCUAAGAUUGCAGGCUAAAAAAUGGCAGGAAUGGUCAGUAUCUAGAUGGGAAACAGCCAAAUAAAAUGUUUACGUCGUA